ACCCUCAAAUUUAUUCCUGCGAUUCCGGCCUUCCCGUCAAUUGAUUCUUAACUCUAACCUGAUCACCAUCUAUCUGUUCAAAUGGGGUGUGGAGGGUCUCGAGAAAAAGCCAAGGAUACGCCACAAAUAUGGUCGAACCACUUGGAUAGAAGCUCCCAAUCAAAGUACAACUUCAAAAUCGUUUUUCUAGGAAAAUCCGGCGUUGGAAAGACGUCCAUAACUAUUCGGUUCUGCCGAGACACCUUUUUCGAUGGAACUGAAGCUACCAUCGGCGCUUCCUUCUUAACAAAAACGAUGAACAUCGACAACAGAACUAUCAAAUUUGAGCUUUGGGACACGGCCGGCCAAGAGCGCUAUCGCGCACUCGCGCCAAUGUACUAUCGAAACGCCGACGCCGCCGUGUUGGUCUUCGACUAUACGGACCCUGAUAGUUUCCAGUCUCUCCAGUCCUGGCUCUACGAAAUACAGAAAAAUGUACCUGACUGCGUCAUCAUUCUUUGUGGCAACAAGAUAGACCUAGAAUCUAGCCGCAAAGUCCAGCACGAGGCCGCGGAGGACUAUGCAAAGGAGAACGACUGCUUGCUCAUAGAGGUGUCAAGCAAGACAGGGCAAAAUAUUCAAGAGCUGUUCACGAAGCUAGGCGAACUGUUAUCUUAUAAACACUACAAAACUUGAACAAGGCUAGACAGACUGAGCGGUUCUUUAGGCCUUUGUAGGUCCAUAUUCGAAUUUUGGUGGGGCGAGCUUGAUAGAUUUUCUAGGCCAUGUGUCGCCAAUUGGCGUGCUCGUUAGUGACCGUUUUUUGAUAGGUUGUACUAUCCUGGUAUCAUAUUAUUAACCUGAGACACAUCGCCACUUUUUUUU